GGAAAUGCUUAGAACUCAAGAGGAAGAAGCAAGAAUUGUGAAAUCGUUGACCAAAGUGAAAGGGUAUAUUCCUCAAUAUGCUGUGAUUCUGAGUAUAAUUUCACUUUAAAUAGCCGGCCACUACUCUUCUCCCCCAAUCUAAUCAUAUCCCUCUCUCUCUCUCCUCUUACUGUUACACUCCUUCCAUCUGUUCUCUCUCUCUCUCCCCUAAAAGUGCAAACUAAAGCAGAACAGUUGGAAGAAUUAAGACUAAAAUCUAGCCAUGGCUAGAGAUCAAUUGCAAGUGCUCAAUGCACUUGAUGUUGCCAAGACCCAAUUGUAUCAUUUCACGGCUAUUGUCAUCGCCGGUAUGGGUUUUUUCACAGAUGCAUACGAUCUUUUCAGCAUCUCCCUGGUCACCAAGCUACUGGGCCGCAUCUAUUACACCGACUUAACUAAAGCAAAGCCCGGCACUUUACCUCCUGCUGCCGCCUCCUCUGUGACCGGUGUCGCCCUUGUUGGCACCUUAUGCGGCCAGCUCUUCUUUGGUUGGCUCGGUGACAAAAUGGGCCGCAAAUCGGUCUAUGGGAUGACUCUAGUUCUCAUGGUUCUCUGCUCGCUUGCCUCUGGCUUUUCUUUCGGGAAGAGCGCAAAGGGGGUCAUGGCCUCCCUUUGCUUCUUCCGAUUUUGGCUAGGGUUUGGCAUUGGUGGCGAUUAUCCUUUAUCCGCCACUAUUAUGUCUGAAUAUGCCAACAAGAGGACUCGAGGUUCUUUUAUCGCCGCGGUCUUUGCAAUGCAAGGGUUUGGGAUUUUGACAAGUGGGAUUGUUGCCCUAAUUGUGUCAACCGCCUUCGACCACUCCUACCCGGCUCCCCCUUACAGUGUCAACCCAUCGCUCUCUACGAUUCCCCAGGCCGAUUACAUUUGGCGUAUUAUACUUAUGUUUGGGGCUGUCCCGGCUGCCAUGACUUAUUACUGGCGGAUGAAGAUGCCCGAGACUGCCCGUUACACCGCCCUUAUCGCCAAGAACGCGAGGCAGGCCGCUCAGGACAUGGCUAAGGUGUUGAAUGUCGAAUUAGACCCUGAAGAGGCCAAGAUAGCCAAGAUGGCUGAAGAACCCAGGAACUCCUUUGGUUUGUUCACCAAGGAAUUUCUUCACCGCCACGGGCUUCACUUGCUAGGAACUACCACCACAUGGUUCUUACUUGACAUUGCCUUCUACAGCCAAAACCUGUUCCAGAAAGAUAUCUUCACCGCAAUUGGGUGGAUCCCAUCAGCCGCACAAAUGAAUGCAGUUCAUGAGGUUUUCAGAGUUGCCAAAGCACAAACCCUAAUUGCCCUAUGUAGUACUGUCCCGGGCUACUGGUUCACAGUCUUAUUCAUCGAUAUUAUUGGAAGAUUUGCCAUUCAACUGAUGGGUUUCUUCUUCAUGACCGUGUUCAUGUUUGCCCUUGCCAUCCCUUACCAUCACUGGACAUUGAAAGAGAACAAUAUUGGGUUUGUCGUGAUGUACUCCCUCACAUUUUUCUUCGCCAAUUUUGGGCCCAACGCAACCACAUUUGUCGUGCCAGCUGAGAUUUUCCCUGCUAGGCUGAGAUCAACUUGCCAUGGAAUUUCUGCCGCAGCUGGAAAAGCCGGUGCUAUAGUUGGGGCAUUCGGGUUUUUGUAUGCUUCACAGAGCACGGACCCAACAAAGACUGAUCAAGGAUACCCAACUGGAAUCGGUGUGAGAUACACGCUGAUAUUGCUUGGAUGUGUCAAUUUCUUGGGGAUGUGUUUUACAUUUUGUGUGCCAGAGGCGAAGGGGAAAUCGCUUGAGGAGAUGUCGGGUGAGAAUGACGAAGAUUGGGUAGAGGCACCAGGAGCAGCAGAGGUUCGUGUUUCUAAGACCGUUCCGGUUUGAUUUGGGUGAAUUGUGAGUUUGUCAAGUUUAAAAUCUGGAAUUUCAGAAAUGGUCUUAGGUCCUUCAAAUUAUAUGUGACUAAUGUAUUUGCUUUUCUAUUUCUCUAUUUCAAAUGCAAAAGUACAGUGUGUUUGUUUGUUGUUACACUCUAUGAUAGUUACACGAGUUAUUUCUUUUGAAUUAUAUUUACUUCCAUUUUAUUUU